AACAAACCCAGCUGGCACCCGCAUCCCCGAGGGCGCCAGGUGAGGCCUCCUGUACUCUCUCUCUCUCUCCUCUCUCACUCACAACCUGUCUGUCCUCUCUUCUUUCAUCAAAGGUAGUUGGCUGAACCACUCAUCAUGGCUCGUCGUAGUGGUUGCUGUAUGUACUUCAACAUCAUCACUGCUGUAAUUGGAGUCAUAGCAGGAUGGUCAGCUUUUGGUGUGUUUUUCUUCCACUUCGAAAAUCGACAAGCUGGCAUGUGGGCUUUUGUGUCAGGAACAUUUGCUGCUACAACACUCUUCAUCCACAUUCUGUACAAGAAGCACUCCAUAGAGCUGUGGUACACACCAGAGAACCUUCUGCAAAUACGACUUCUGGGGCUCUUAGGGUUGAUAGCUGGGGUUAUAGGAACAGCAGUGUACAUUGGUAUUGCUAUAUCCAGAAAUGAAGGUUUCCCCUCCAUGGAUAACAUUGGUACAAAUCAUUACUUCAUGGCAAUAUGGUCAGUUCUGUCCCUCAAAUGGGCAGCAUCGCUCUGUGGCUUCUCGCACAUCUACCGCAAGAGACUCCUUGAGGAAUACCAUCCAUUGUUGGCAUGAAACCCUAACACAAAGAUUUCAUAGGUAUUUGCAGGAUACAGAUACAAAAUUAUACAUCCUUACUGUGAUUGCAUAAAAUUUUUUGCUACUUAGUGAAAACUAUGAUGAGCAGGUUUUAAGUAUGAUUGAUGGUACUGUGCAUAAAUUCACUAUGCAGUUGUAACUCGAGAGUAAUAUUGCCUUAACGUGUCCUCUAAAUAUCUGUGGAUUAAAUUUUUUUAACUCGGUUCCCUAAAUUAUAAAAUAAUAAGUAUCACACUGCAAGUAAUUGUUAUUUUUAUAUUGGUACUUAAAUGAAGCUAUUGUUUUAUCAAUAUUUUAUAGACUUUACAUACCUGUACAACUUAAUCAUUUCAGUAUUAAAUGUUAAAGGUCCCAUCUAUUACUGUACUUGCAUGGGGUGUAUCGUAUACUGUACAUUAUUGAUGGCACUCAUUUAUAAUAAAUAGUUGGUGCUAAAUAUCUGCACAUUGCUAGCAGUACACUUAUAUAAAAUAUAAUAGCAUUCAAAUAUGCACUUCAGGACGCAGGUUCGAAUCCUCGUCACGGCCCUUGUGGAUUUGCACUUCAGAGUUAUAUUAAACCUUACAAUAUUUGUUAGAAAAUUAGAUUAACAUUUUCUCAGGAUUUUAACUAGUGUACUGUACUGUACUGUGUACUCCUGCUGUAACUGACUAAUUGGGACAGACACCACUUCCACAGCAUCUAGCAUCUGCAUGGGCUCAAUCAAUAAAAAAAAAAUGUUGGAACAGUACAACAUUUAAUACAUUACAUUUAAUAACAUUUAAACAGCCAUAAUAUAUGAAACUAAUUAGCAAUUGUACAAUCGGAACAAAAAAUGGUAGAAAUUCUAAAUUUAGUCUGAGGAUCAUUGAACUAACAUACAAGGAAAGGUACAGCACGGAGGAAUAAAAUGACCAAGUCCUGCCGGUAUUUCUAACUAGAUAAUAUUAAAUUUACCCCCUUAAUUUGUAUAAAUUUAUUAUAAUUUCAAACAAUUUAUAGGUGUAUUAUAUUAUUCUUUUAGUGAUAUUUAAUCUUAUACUGUACUGGUAGCAUAAGUAUUUUCUGUGCAUUUAGGCGUAUUUCAUCGAUGCUAAUCUCAAGGUUCUAUAUAAAAAAAAUCACCUUUGAAUGUUAUGAAAUGCCCCUUUCUGGUGGGUCUCUUCCAUCUCGCUGAGCUUCCCACCUAUAUCCUCUAAACCCAGGUAUCGCACCAGAUUCUUAGCAAAUCACGAGUGCCCUUUGGUAGCAGUUAUUCACACAAUGCCAAAGUAAGGCUCCUGAACAUAACAGGAAGACGGAAACUGGGAGAUACAGAAGAGAUCCACCAGUAAGAGGCUUUUUAUUACAUUCAAUGCAGGAUUUCCAGGAGGGCUUAUUUUUUUAAUCUGAUGUUUCUACGACACCUUCACUUUUCACCGGCUAUAUUCUGCAUUUCCUACCGUAUUGUUCGCUCCAGUACUGCAUGUUAUUUUACCGUGCAAAUUUGGGACCUGGCCUUCCUGUAUUUUCCACGUAUAUAUUAUGUGUAACCUCUCUUGUUUCCGUUUCAGAGAGUACAUUAUGAGACAGUCCCAAUAAUUUAGGUGCUUUAUUGUGUGUGUGUGUGUGUGUGGGGGGGGGGGGCCAUAUAUGUCCUCUAUAUUCCCUCUACUUCAGAAAUCUGGUUUAACCAUUUAAGGAAGGGAACUAUGAGGAGACCAAGCCAUUACAACUAUAUGUAGUACUUGUACUUGGAAGGAAUUAGGAUAAGGAUUUGUGGUGGGACGAGGGGUAAGGAAUAGUGCACAUUCAUUUGGAUGGUCAGGGAUUGAACGCCGACUUGCAUGAAGCGAGACCAUCACUCUACUGUCCACUCUAACUGAUUUGAGUGGGAGUAUAUAGCAUUGGUAUAAUACAGGUAUCAGUUUUUCAGUGACUGUACAGUAUAUUUCUACUCUCAUACAUCAAAUAUUGUCACGAGAGCUUCUGUCAUUUUCUCAAUGAAUAGCCAUGAAGUAUUUUAACUACAUCAGUUAGUGAGUUUGAAAUGUUCUAUCUUAAACCUUGUUUAUUUUUAGUUCAUUUAUACAUUUGUUAAAGCCGAUAAAUGAGUUUUAUUUAAUAUGUAACAUAUACUAUAGAGAGUAUAUAAAGUAUUAUCUUUUAUUAUAUUGAAUUUGUCAUAAAGAAAUUUUGUUAA